AUGUUGACUUACAGACACGUGUUAAGCGAUCGGCGGACCAUAUUGGAUGAUGAAGCUAACCCAUGUCCCAUCCUCGAGGCGCUUGUGAGCUUGGCUGAAGCAUCAUCCGACGUCACUAUAUACCUCGAUCAUCACCGCCCCGGUAAGGAGAGACUUGUCGCUCUGCCAACUGAUGAACUCGACACUCUUAAGGAUCUCCUUCGUCAAAUGGAAACAUGCCUCUUACCCUCACUCAAACAACAACUUUCCGACCUGGCGGAGUCACUGGACCUAAACAGUGUACACGGUUCCGGGCCGACCGGUCUUGAUACCCUAGAAAUCAUAUCUCAACUCCGCCACACCUUGGAAGCAAUCGAUGCUGCGCGCGAUUCUAUUGGCCGCAUUGCUGAAAAUCGCUUAAAAGAUGUAGGGGAAUACGACCGUGACUACGGCGACUUGAAGUUAUAUCGAUCUUGCCAUCUGAGAAGAAAACUCGACGAGUUGAUGAGUGACUACGUCUGGGAAUUACUCGACUAUAUUGGCCAGCUCAGUCUAUCCCGCUCGAAGAUUACUCAGAUCGAUUCCUACGGUUUUCCAAUUUAUCUAAUAAAGGAGUGGGCCGAAAAAUGUUCAACCAGAUCCUCAGAUGCCAUCGAUCAUAUAAUCAAAUCUUUCAAACAAUCUGAUUUCUGUACUCUCCAAGAUUCCUGGCGAAAACCCGCAAAUGAUCUUAAUUUGACUCUCGCAGACCUAAGCAGACUACUUGGAUUAAUAGACAGAUUAGAACAAGAGGACAGUGCAAAGGAUGAAGAUCCAUCGGACAGUAACUCCUCAAGUCAUGCACCCGAACACAGUCAAGAUCAAGAGAAUUCUUCUGACAGCGAACAGACUACAGCUGAAUCUUGGAAUGAAGAUGAAAAUAUUUCGUCGGAUUCGAACUCUACCAUCGAAAAUGAAGAUGAUCGUCAAUCAGAUGCCAGCCUUUCGACUGACUCCCGCCGACAGACCACCUUCACAAGACAUCCACUGAUGAUCCUUGCUAAAUCGAUUAUCCCACUUGCCAAACUGAUCAGAAUAUUUAUCAACAAAUUAUCAAGUCCGCCAACAAAUAAACCGCAAUUUACAAUUGGUACCAAGAUGAGUUCAGCUGAAAUGAAUUCAGUGUACCUAGAAAUUCGCUGCCUCUAUCGUGACAUCACGGCUCUUCUGAGGACCUUAUUUGGCAUGUUUCACGAUGACGCCCCCAUAAAUCACAUCAAGGAUGUCGAGGAUCUGCGCGAGCAAGUACGCAAGAAGUUUGAUUCCUCUUUAAUCUUAUUAUGCUUUUAUCUUGUACCUCUGAAUCCAGAUGUUGAUAGUCCUCCCGCUGGAAAUCACAGCAAAUCUUGGUUUUUAACCUUAAAGCAACAGUUUCUUUUGGCUGAUCACAACUUUGGCAUUGCUAUAUUCAAUUUCAAGAGAGAUUUUCCAAUGUGA